CUUUCCUAAGUAAGAGAAACUCCUUUCUAUGGCCUAAAAUCCUCACAGAAGAGCUGAAAGGACCGACAGGAAUCCAUGACUGAAUCUUAUAAGGGCCUGGGACUUCCAGGAAAGUUGUUAGUGAACCAAGCUAUGCCUUUUCCUGAAAUUUAACUUUGUCUAGAAUGACAUUCAGUCAUGUGGGUUCUGUAGAGUUCUGUUUAAUUUAUACACUUUUUCACGAGUAUGCAGCAGAAUAAACUAUUGACACAUUCACAUUUGUCUGUUCUUGCUUCAAAAUUCUAAAGAUGAGGCUAUUUCGUGGACUCCAGGGAACCGAGAGCAUCUGCCAGAGCAGACCCCGAAGUGCGUGGAUGGGCCUGUCGGAGUGUUGGCAUUUGAGCUUCCAUGUUUGAAGCCAGGAUCUCGAAAUGCAUCGUGAUUCCUGUCCAUUAGAUUGUAAGGUUCAUGUAGCUAAUCUUGGAAACAAUGGGAACAAGACUGAACUAAAACGGGCUUUUGGCUAUUAUAGACCACUUCCAAGUGUGUGGGUUGCUCAGAACCCUCCCGGCUUUGCUUUUCUUGAAUUUGAAGAUCUCCGAGAUGGCGCUGAUGUUGUCCUAGAGCUGGAUGAAAGAAAACUAUGUGGCUGCCGUGUGAGAGUGGAACUGUUGAAUGGUGAAAAAAAAAGUCGCAAUCGUGGCCCACCUCCCUCUUGGGGUCGACGCCCUCAAGAUGAUUACCGAAGGGGGAGUCCUAGAAGUGUCUCUCGAAGCUGGAGCAGGUUAUUCUAACUUUCUAGAGAUAGGGGAAGAGAAAGGUCUCUGUCUCGUGAGAGAAACCACAAGCGAUCUCCAUCCUUCUCUAAGGCUUGUAGCAGAUCCUGGUCAAACAAAAGGAAGUAGAAGACCAAUCUG